CGAAGCCGAUACGCUCCUUCGAGAGGGCUAUGAUAAGUUCCCAGCAUCAAUUUUUCAAGUCAUGACACCAGAUGGACCGCGUUUAUUCCUUCCCCGAAGCUUUGCAAAUGAGCUCAAGGGCUAUCCACGACAUGAAAUGAGUGGAAUGAAGGCAACUACAGAUCGGCUUUUAGGUGAAUACACAACGAUAGACCACGAAAGCCAAACAGGACUGAACUCGAUCAAAAUUGAUCUCAAUCGACAUCUAGGCACAUUCGUUGUGGACGUUGCAGACGAGGUAAAAUAUUGCUUCCAGACCCAAUUCCCAGACUGCGAAGAUUGGACACCCAUCAACCUUAACGACAAGCUUCCUCACAUCGUCGCCCAAGCCUCCGCUCUAAUUUUUGUUGGUCCAGCACUCAACCGAAACAAGGAAUGGCUUAACUGUACAACCACCUUCGCAGCUGACGUUAUGAUUGGCGGAGAGAAACUCAAGACCUGGAAACCAAUCUUGCGACCUGUGGCCCAAUACUUCAUCCCUGAGGUCCGCCGCAUACGAUCUGACCAUGCCUUUGCACACACUCUUCUGCUUCCCGUCCUCAAAUCUCGAGCGGAAGAAGAAUCGCGUCAAGGAGACAAGUAUGUCAAGCCGAAUGAUAUGAUCCAGUGGAUUCAGGACCGCGCAAGGAAAUCAGGAGACAAGACUGUGGAUACGAAGGAGCAGGCGAACUUGCAGAUGUUGGCGGCAACAGCUGCGAUUCACACGACUAGGAUGGCCGUCAUUCAUGCGAUUUAUGAUCUGGCGGCAAGGCCGGAAUAUGUCGAGCCUUUGAGAGAAGAAAUCGAAAAUGUAUUGAAAAUGAGUGGCGGGACCUUCACAAAACAGUGUUUGACGCAGUUGAGGCGGCUGGAUAGUUUCAUGAAAGAAAGUCAGAGGCAUAAUCCGCCAUCGAUCGCUACUUUCCAGCGAAAAGCUCUCGUACCUGUGAAACUCUCUAACGGCUUUCAUAUCCCUAGCGGCACAAUCGUCCAAUGUAACACCAACAUCCUCGAGGAAUCGCCCCCCUCUUGGGGUGAUCCACUUUCCUUUGAUGGAUUCCGCUUCUACAAGUUGCGUAGUAAACCUGAGGAUACUAAUAAAUACCAGUUUGCGAGCCCGUCGUUUGAUUCUAUGCAGUUUGGGCUUGGAAAUGAUGCCUGUCCAGGGAGGUUUUUUGCUAGUAACCAGAUCAAGAUUAUACUUGUCUAUAUACUCAGACACUAUGAAAUUAAGUUUGAGGAAGGAGCGGUGGGGAGGCCGAAGAACAUUCUCUUUGAGGUUAAUUGA